AUGAUCAGUAAUGGAGAUCCGGUCUUGAAUGCCUCUUCACCUACCAAAGACGAGCCCGCCACCGCCACCGCUGCAACCGCUGCCACCACUACCACCACCGCUCCCACUGCUCCCACCGCUGCUACUACGGCAAGGACAGCUCCAGACACCUGCCCACACAGCCCACACGCGCCGCGCGAGAUAGCUCCUCCUGCAAGCAAAGCAGCCACGUCGCCGCCUGCACCAGCCGAAACCACCCAACCGCCUCAGCCGAAUGGCGCCGAGGGCAACGAUGAAGACGCAGAGGGCGAGUCCGAGGCCGAGACGGUGGUGCUGUCGCGAGACGAACCAUCGCCAGAGAAAAAGGUGAUCAAGACGGAGCGCAUCGAUGACGACGACGACGACGACGCAUCACGCCUCCGCUCCAUCAAAGAAGAGUCACAGCCGCACUCACCGCCGCACAACCACCAGGGCGGCUCCAGCAACGGUGCCGAUGCAAAGACAAACGGCGACAAGCUCAACACCGACCGCACUGCAAAGAGCCUCGUCCCGAAUGCAUCCCAAAACACCAAAGACGCAAGCCUCAUCGAGCCGACCAAGUCUCCUGUCCAGGCUGCCCACUCUCCUCCACAGACCACCACGCGCGGCCGCAGUGCAUCCACCGUCGAAAACCGUAAACGCAAGCUGCGCGACGAGUCCUUUCCCAAGUCGAUUGAGCCUCCACGGCAAAAGGCCAAGACAGAGGCUUUGAAAGAUCCGCGACUGCCUAAUUCGCCAGCAACACCUGGGUUUGGCCGUGCCCACAAGCGAUCGCAGUCGACACAGUCGACAGCCACUGGCUUUGCGAGUCGCAAGCGACGCGACGCGACCCAUCUUGCAGUGUCAACCGCCGAACCCGAGCGCUGGUCUGGUUCUAGUUCAGAACACUCCAUGUCACCCCAGGCCGCUGUUGCGCCCCACCUUCUCCAACAGGCUCGUGUGAAACGCUCUUCGCAUCGUGCGGUCACAUCCCCUGCCCGUACUAUGAUCCACAGGAAAACCGACCGAUUUGGCGCAACCCGACUGGCUCGAGAAAGCGAAAAGGGCGAUUUGGCGGCGGUCAAGGAAGCGUAUGAAGAAGCUGCUGAUGAGCUGAAUCAGGUCGACUACGCUGGCAUUGCUCCAUUGCAGAAAGCUUCCCUACAUGGAUGGGCCGAGGUAGUCGAGUUUCUGAUCAGCAAAGGAUGCCGUACCGACUGUGAGAGCCAUGACCGUGACACACCACUGAUAGAUGCCGUGGAGAAUGGGCAUCUGGAAGUGGUCAAGCUGCUUCUCAACUACGGUCACGUCAACCCGCAUCACCAGAACAAAAAGGGCCAGCGCGCGAUUGAUGUGCUAGAUCAUGAAGAUGAAGAUGCCGAAGAGAUUGAAAGGGUCCUGCGCGAAGCGAUGAAGAAACAGGUGGAUACAUCCAGCAACAAGGACGACGAGCGUUCGCAGAAGCAAUCCAAGACCGCCUCUCGACUGCUUUACAACGAGUUCAAUGUCGAGACUUUGAUCGAAAAAGCGGGCGAUGGUGAUAUUCUGGCAGUGGGAGAGCUCAUCAAUAGCAACAUCAAGCCAAAUAUUGCUUGUGGCGUUGCUGCAGCAAGAGGUGGACACUAUGAUAUUCUUAGCAUUCUUCUGGCCAGCGGCUUGAAAGCAGAUCCUGAUCCGUCAAAGCACCCAGAAACGCCCAUGACGGCAGCCAUUGGUCGCGGACACAUUGAAAUCAUCAAGUUACUUCUCGAACAGGACAACUUUGAUCCCACGCGGCGAAACAAGGAAAACAAGACGUACUAUGAAAUCUCGGAAGAACGAACAGGUCCAAAAUGGGAGCACGAACGGGAUAUUCUAAAGCGCGCCUACGACGAAUACAAAGCUUUGCACAGGAGCCCUCGCAGAACCAAGAAGGAAGCUCCAAACCCGUCGACUGGGCGCACAAAGAGGAAAUCCUCACCUCGAAGGGACCGAUCGUCUUCGCCUCGACCCGAGUCGAAACGCGCCCAUUCUACAAAAUCUGCAAGUGCACCGGGCCAACCGCAAAAGGCGCGGAGGCUGAUGUCUGGAAAAGAGAAGGCCAGUCGCGAGGGUCAAAGGAAGAAGCGCGUAGUGGAUGACGAUUCAUCAGAAGAGGAAAGCGAAGAAGACGUACGGCCACCGACUCGAAAAGUGAACCCGCGGUCCCACAGCGAAGGGGAAGAAGCGAAACCUGUCAGGAAGGCGCUGAAAGUUCGUUCUGAUGACAACGAGACCAAACGCUUGGACCAUGUUCGUUCUGACGAUAGUGAUGAGGACCAUGGUACGAAGCAAGCAGCUAAAAUCCACGCAAAGCCCAUAAAAACUCACAGCGCGAAACCUACGCCUGACUUGGAUUCUCCCGACGAGCGAAAACCCGUCAAGACGAAAAUCAAGUACAAAACGAUGGAGGACAAAGUUCGGAAGCGACGCUUUUCAGAUGUUUCUACGGACAAUGCCAGCGUCAAGAAGACACCCACUGCUUCUGCCAAAUCUACUCCCGCGCCGUCGGACAGGACUGCGACACCUGAGGCUGAACGCGCGCGGAGACAGGAAGACCAGCGUCUGCAAGCUGAAGCGAAGCGCAAGGCUGCUGAAGUAGCCGCUGAAGCCGAAGCUCGCAGGCAAGAAGAGGAGGAAGCAGCUCGCAAGGCUGCAGAGGAAGAGGCCGCAAGGAAGAGGGCUGAAGCAGCGGCCGAAGCGCAAAGGCAAGCAGAAGAAGCAGAAGCUAAACGCAAGCGCGAAGCCGAGGAAGCCAGACGCCAAGCCGAGGAAGAAUUCCAGCGACAACGAGAUCUCGCUGCCCGUAGAGAUCGCGUCUCGAAACUUCCCAAAGCAUUGCGGCGAGCCUGCGAACUGGGCAACGACAGACCCCUCCACUUCUCCGGCGAAGAACUCGGUGUCUCUGCAGUCUUUCUUCCACUUUUCUACGCAACUUCGCAGGAUCUACAUGACCCUCGAGCCCUACCCGACAAGACUUACAUCUGUUCCUUCCAACUCGUUGGCAUCCUUGGUCUUCCUGAACUCGAUCUCGCACACCUCGAAUCGCCUUACUGCGACUGGUCUCGUAUACCCGUAACACGCAAUCAGCGCGACUGUCUCCUUCGGCAAUAUGACGUUGCGCUACUCGCCCAAGACUUCCGUUUCCCCAUGGAAGGCACACCAGACUUUGACUACGCCAAGAUCCAAGACAGCAUCAAAGAAGCCAAACAGCAGUUCUCCGCCAUGGAGGGCCUGUACUGGAUCGAAGAAUCGGUGCUGUAUCCCGAGGCCGAGAAGGUGGACGCACUGAGACCGCUACUGGAGGACAUGAGACACGAGAGCAAGAGGAGGCGGAUCCAUCUGGCCCAUGUUACAGAGGGCAGGAUGGAGAAGCCGCAGAAGCCGAGGAAGAGCUUCAUGGACAUUGUGCUUGCGCAGAAUGGGAAUUCCAUGUGUGGUAGUGUGCAUUCUGCCGCCACGACAGUAAACGGUAGUGGCUGA